CUUCUUCUUUCAGGCGUGUCUGGUGGAGAAUACCAGCCGCGAAGCGUGCUGUGCUUAACGGCACUAUUAGAAUAGUAGACUAGUUAGUGCUUUAAUUAUCUGCUAAUUGGGUCCCCGGGAUUCCCCCGCGCGUCGGAAAGUCGGCGACUCUGGAAGGGGCUUUUGAGCAGUCAUGGGAAAGCAAAACAGCAAAUUGAAGCCGGAAGUGCUGGAGGACCUCAAACAGAAUACCGAGUUCUCAGAUGCGGAGAUCCAGGAAUGGUACAAAGGAUUCCUAAAGGACUGUCCCAGCGGGCAUCUCAGUGUGGAGGAAUUCAAGAAGAUAUACGGGAACUUCUUUCCUUACGGCGACGCGUCGAAGUUCGCGGAGCACGUAUUCAGGACGUUCGACGCGAACGGCGACGGCACGAUCGAUUUUCGGGAAUUCCUCUGCGCCCUCAGCGUAACGUCCCGCGGCAAGCUGGAGCAGAAGCUGAAGUGGGCCUUCAGCAUGUACGACUUGGACGGCAACGGGUACAUCUCGCGGCAAGAAAUGCUGGAGAUCGUAACGGCGAUUUACAAGAUGGUGGGCUCCGUGAUGAAGAUGCCGGAGGACGAGUCGACGCCGGAGAAACGAACUGAUAAGAUAUUCCGACAAAUGGAUAAGAACAAGGACGGCAAGCUAUCGCUCGACGAGUUUAUAGAGGGUGCGAAGAGCGACCCGUCUAUUGUGCGACUGUUGCAGUGCGAUCCUAGUGCACAAGCUCAGUGAGGCCCUGGGCCGAUACAGACAAAUACUGCUAUGCCGUCUGCAUACCCGAAUCGGGGCCCGGCCCAAUUGGUAUCCCGAGCAGAAGCGGCGCGAUCGUAGACACUUGCCAGCCGAAUCUGGCCGAGGAAGCUGUGUCGAAACGCUACCUUCGCUAUCAUCCGUUCCGCGGAACUUUAACGUAAUACUUUUAACGUUUUUGCUAUACAUGUUAGAGACACCUAUCCGUAGAGGCGCUUAGAUAGAUGUGCAAAUAAUUUAUUUUGUUUUACUCAAAGUGGAACCGUCAUUAAUGAAACUAAUUUUGCUUCUUGAGGAUAUUUUUAUUUUAGAGUAACAUUGAUGCAUAAGAUGCAUUAUUGGAUAAGUAAAUGGUUAUUUGUCUAGCGGCAGAUUGCGAUUCUACGCGAAAUUGA